AUGUUCCCGGCAGCAAGGAACAGCAUUCGCCGUUGGGGUGAUCACUAUGAUACCAAAAUUCCCAUACCCAUUGCUGUUACUCUUCAUAACUUUCUGUUAAAUCCCCCGUCAUCCGCUGGGAUCCGGUCGUCAUCUUCUAUUGAAGAUUUGCUGACAUCUUCCACCAGUAACACAGCUUCUGCCAAAUCUUCCUUUGGCCGAGUCGAACACAAUCGCAAUCUGAUUCCUCCUAUAACAUUGGAAAUUGUGGUUCACGACAAUCAAGUCGUUUUUUCGGAAACUUCGCAAAGGGUGCAUCCAUCUUGGGAACAUUUGGACGAACGAAUUAAUUUGCAAGGUGAAUGGUGGCUACACUACAAUGGCAGCAAGACAGAUGGCAAUAUCAAGAAUCCAACAAAUGCUGGAGUGUACAAGACUAUGAAGCUAAGGUUUCUGUUGCCCGAUGGCAAGUUGUUUUUGGAAAUUCCCCUUUACCCAUCUGAGUUACACAAACUUGAUUCCGAAGAAACUCCGGACCGAUUGCCGCCCAAUGCGUGCUUUGUCUACUUUUCCGACGGAUCGACCCGGCUGCCCGAAUCCAUUUUUCAAUUGCUUCUGGACCAACGAAUGACCAAGCCGCCACCGAUUGAAGACUUUUCUCGAUUUGAGGAUGACGUCUUUUCGACCUUGGAUGUGGUACCCGAGUCACCGAAACCCAACUGCAGCUCAUCUCCAUCCGGUCGGCGUGGAAGAGCCGAUUCUCUCUUGGACGUGGAACGAGAACCAAGCAGUGUGCUGCUUCAGCAAUCGUCGGCAGCUGGGUCCUUGCUGGAUUCUGCUGCCGGCACUGGGCCCUCGGGUUUUAUCUUUGAGCAUUCCGAACAAGAAGUACUACAGCACGAUCUGAACAAGGAGGCGAUGUCGUUGGAGGAACAAAUUGAACGAGAAGAGAAGCUAUUCCGAGAAGAGUUGGAACACUUGGAAAAGGAAAAAGAAUCCCUUUCCAACAUGGUUCAGACCGCCCAGAACUUGCAAUCGCAAACGGAUCGUCUCAAGACAGAAAUUAUGAUUCAAUCGCAGCACGUUCAUCGAGCUAAAUUCGCAAGGGAUGCGCAAUCCAUACAUUGGUUUCGAGAUUUGCACCAAUGGGUUUACCCGAUUACCUUGGAUUCGCAAAAGGGUUUCUUGAUUCGCAAUUUGCGGCUUCCAGUCGACCUCAAAACGACCGUGGUUCCAGAUGAAGAAUUGUCGGCAGCCUUGGGAUUUUGCUCGCAUUUGAUUUUUCUCAUGAGCAAAUAUUCGGGCAUUGGAUUGCGACACAAGGUCUAUUGUAACUCGUCCCGAUCGGCGAUUCAACAAGAUGGCGGUAACGGCGGGGACGGGGGCACUGGAGGAGGUUCCUCGUCUCCCGUUCUAUCCAUUGCGGCCAUGGCAGCCACAAGCAACAAUAGCCACAAUUUGUAUCCACUCUUUGCGGCACGAAACGUGGACAAAGAUCAAUUGGACAGGGGAUUGGGACUACUGGGGGAAAAUGCUAACUGCUUGCUGGAUAUGUUGGACGUUGACUUUACACCACAGUCGCAUAUUUUGAAACGACUGAGUUUGGUGUACGAUCACAUCUUGGCAAGCGGGCAUAUGACUUAA